AUGCCCAAAUAUUCCUUCAUUCCUCCGUCCGGAGCAGCAGCGAGAAGCAGCGACAAGCGCGGCAGAGGCAGCGCCCCGAGGCUCAAGCGCAGCGCCCGGAGCGCACCUGGAGCCACAGAUUCCAUUGCUGAAAAGCCAGCGUGGAGGAAAACCCAGCGUGGGGGAAACACCAGAGUGGGUGAAAACUGUCCUGGCACUGCCCACCCCAGCCUGUGCUUCCCAGAUCUUUGUGCUGCUGCUGAGGGAUCCCCCUGGGCUGUGCCUGGCACCAUGGUGGGGCAGAGCCCUGGCGAGGGCAGGGCUGCUGUGCUCCUGCAGCCCUUCGUGCACCAGGUGGGCGGCCACACCAGCAUGCUGACCUACGACGAGCACACGGUCUGCAAGCCCCUGGUGCUGCAGGAGCUGAGCUUCUACGAGUCGCUGCCCCUGGCCAUGAGGCAGUUCACACCUCAGUACAAAGGCAUCGUGUCCGUGCACCUCAAGAAGGACAGCCUGGGCAACCUGACCCUGAUUGCCAGCCCCAGCCUGGGCCAGCAGGACAGCACUGGCGGUGACCCUGCUGUCACCUUGUGGCACAAAUGCAAGUGGAGCCACACCCAGGUCACCAAGACCUUCAAAGACAGCUGCCCUGGGAAGAUGCUUUUGAGGACAGACCUUCAGUACCACACAGAUUCCCUUCUGGAAGAGGCAAAUGGGAAGCAGCCGGAAAGGAAGAGCUACAACCCCUGGGGACUGCACUGUCACCGGCAGCACCUGAACCGCAUGUCCUCCAAGCACAACGAGAACAAACUCCAUCAGUUUCUCCUGCUGGAGAACGUGGUGUCCAAGUGCAGCUAUCCCUGCAUCCUGGACCUGAAGAUGGGCACUCGGCAGCACGGGGAUGACGCCUCGGAGGAGAAGAAAGCUCGGCACAUCAAGAAGUGUGAGCAGAGCACCUCGGCAUCGCUGGGAGUGCGCAUCUGUGGGAUGCAGGUUUACCAGGCAGACACGGGGCAUUUCCUGUGCAAAGACAAAUACUUUGGGAGGAAGCUGUCAGCAGAGGGGUUCAGGCAGACCCUGCGGCAGUUCCUGUGCACGGGGAACCAGCUGCGCACGGACCUGCUGGAGCCCAUCAUCCUGCGCCUCAAGGCCCUGCUGGCCGUCAUCAGGAAACAAAGCUCCUACAGGUUCUACUCCAGCUCCCUCCUCAUCAUUUACGACGGGCAGGAGCACAAGGAGAGCGCUGAUCAUCACCUCCCCUUCCCCAAAACUCACAGCACGAACCCCUGCAGGGUGGAUGUGAGGAUGAUAGACUUUGCCCACACCACCUUCAAAGGCUCCAAGAGCAACCCCAACUCCACCCUGUACGACGGGCCCGACCACGGCUACAUUUUUGGCCUGGAGAACCUGAUCAAAAUCCUUCAGAGCCUGUCAGAAGGGAAGUGAGAAUUUCUGUGAAAUGGCCUGGAUUUCCUAGUGACUGAUAGCCCUGAAAAUCCCGCCUGGGGUUGGCUGUGUGGGACCCUCUGGCUGCUGGAUAUGGCACGGAAUUAGCACGGAUAAAUCGGGAAGUGCUGAAAACUCCCCUUGUGCUGUCACUGAACUGAAGUGUGGAAACAGAGCUGGAGGAAUCUGCUCCCUCUGCCAUCCAUCAGAAGAUUUAUUUUCCUUUCUGGUUUUACUGUUGUCCUUGAUUUAUUUGUGAGCCAAAGAAAGCAUUACUUGGGAAGAGUCUUAAUGAUAAACCAGGAGCUGCUCGCCCCGCAGCCGAGCGGGUUUGGGGCAGGAAUGAACAGAUGGAGCUUCCCUUUGGAGCUUCCCUUCCUGCUCCUGCUCAGGUGGGAGGGAAAAACACCCUCCAACAUUCCCAGAGCCCCUGGUCGGGAUUCUCUGUGCACGUGUUCAGACCAAGAGCUGCACCUCUCCAAGCAUGAACAUCCCUGUGGUGUUAUAACAGGGGAUUUUCCAUGGAUUUUCUAGGAAAGAGGCUUCACUGGGGCUGGAAGCAUGGGAAUGCAAUGACUCUGUCAGGUACCAGCCACAAAAAUUCAUUCACAUCAAGGGAUUUUUGCUUAAAAAAAAAACAAAAAACCAAAAAAACAAACAAGAAAAAAAGAAAAGUGUGAGAUUGAGUCAGGAACUGGACGUCAAAGGUCACCCAGAAAUUCUUUGAGACAAAUACUGUGUGUGUGAAUGUGUGUGUGUGUGCGUGUGUGUGUUUGAAGGAGACAGUAACAAAAGACUCUAAAAAUAAUGUUUACAGCUUUUGUGGACUGAUUUUAUUAUUAUGACGGAACAAAUAUAAUUCCUUCCUGCAUGGUGUGGGAAAUCUGAAGAAGUUCUUGCACAAGGAAUGGAGCUACAGAACUCCGCUACCGGGGAGUGGGGAUAUAAAUAAAAUUGU